GAGAAAGAGGGGUUAGGAGAGAGAAAGGAAGUGUGGGGCAAACGGCAGGAUUCAGAUAAUUGGGGCUUCCUCACAUAAAUAAAGUCAUGAUUGAAGUCUCCACUUGUUUCUAUAUAACCCCCCACACCACUUCCUUCAUCUUCAUCGCAACCUCAACCUCAACCAUGACGCUUCAAAAAGAAGCUCAUUUGGGUUUGACCCUAAGCCUCCACCCUUUCACUUCUUCAGGUGAGGCUGGAUCAUUCCUCCGCGGAAUCGACGUGAACCGGUUACCUUCCGCCGUUGACUGCGAAGACGAAGCGGGUGUUUCAUCUCCCAACAGCACCGUUUCCAGCGUCAGCGGAAAGCGCAGCGAAAGGGACCCCAAUGGGGAAGACCAGGACACCGACAGAGCCUGUUCCAGAGGCAUCAGCGACGAAGAAGAGGCCGAAACCACUCGGAAGAAGCUUAGACUCUCCAAAGACCAAUCCAUAAUCCUCGAAGAGAGCUUCAAGGAACACAACACUCUUAACCCCAAGCAAAAGCUCGCACUCGCCAAACAGCUUGGUCUCCGACCAAGACAAGUGGAGGUGUGGUUCCAAAACAGAAGGGCAAGGACUAAGCUGAAGCAAACGGAAGUGGACUGCGAGUUUUUGAAAAGGUGCUGCGAGAAUCUCACGGAGGAAAACAGAAGGUUGCAGAAGGAAGUGCAGGAGUUGAGAGCACUCAAACUUUCCCCGCAGUUCUACAUGCACAUGACCCCACCCACCACUCUUACCAUGUGCCCCUCUUGCGAGCGCGUCGCGGUUCCUCCCUCCGCCGUCGAUUCUGUCUCUGCCACGCGUCACCAUCACGUCCCUCGCGCUUUCCCUCUUGGCCCAUGGGCCUCCUCUGUUCCACACAGGCCCUUCGAUGCCCUCCGUCCCAGAUCUUGACUAAUUCACCAAAAAUUUAUAAAUAAAAAAAAAUUGAACCCAUGAAUUGUGUGUUCAAAGUGUGGUCUAAGAUAUGGUGGUUAGGAAAACCGAUUUUGUGGGUCUCUAAUGUUUUGUACUAGUUUGACCCUUCGUCUUCUAGUUAGGUUUCUUAGCUUCUAAUACUUACUGCGUUACUCUCAUUAUUAUUAGUCAGAGACUUUCUGUAAAGUUCAGUGCUCUUAGUUAAUUAUUAUAUGGAGUAUAUAGUAGCUUUCUUGUGUAAGCAGAUUUUGUUAAAGUCAAAUUAAUAUCUGGUUUGAUUGCGAUCCUACGUUACAUGCUCCGAAGAUCCUUAAUUGAUUACGAAGAUGCGGGAAUUCGUGGGUUUUGGGUGCGAAUUGGACGAGUGGAAAAUAAUUUAAACAUGCUAAUAGGAGUUUACCCUGAACGACCAAACAAUGGUUCAACAAUUUUGGGCCAUGAUGGGCCCCAAUGGAGGAUGCCUUCUAGUUGUAGAAGGGGAAAGAACCUUAUUUUGAUGGAUUAUGUGAGCAUUGGUCGAUUUAAAAGUUGUAGAUGCUUGUUUUAUUAACAUUGCCCUAUCCCUACUCCUGCGGGGCUACCCUGCUAUUGUCUGGUUAAAUUGGUUAAUACAAAUGUGUGUUGAUCUCUC